UAACAUUCACCCGAAAUGUCGACACAAAACAGCUGAGAGUAACUCGUUGCAUUCUAAGAAAAACAAAAAUUUGCUUGUAAUUAAAAGAAAUGAACAAAUUUAAUAAUGGAAGGUUUGCUGAACCUAGCUUGCAUAAAACAGGAGCCGGUCCAGCAUGAGGACCAUGAAGCUGUCCUGGCAGAUAUGGCCUGUGGCGCGAUAGAAAUAGGACCCAUAAAAGUGGAGCUCCCAGAGACAGAAAGCCAUAAAAAUAACAUGAAAGUUCAGCGGAAAAAACAGGCGCCGGUUAAGAAUGCUCAAAUCGAAUUAAGGCGAGUCUAUCCCUGCGCCCAGUGUGCCAGGACCUUUGACAGUGCCUACGAACUGCGGAUACAUCGACAGAUUCACACUGGGAAGCUGCCCUACAAGUGCUCCUAUUGUCCUAUUAGCUUUGCCCACAAAUCCAUUUAUACGGCGCACAUCCGUGGACACAGCAGUGGGGGUCCUUAUGUGAAGCAGCCUCAACAUGCAUGUCAUCAUUGCGGCAAAACCUUUACGGAUAAACCCAAUUACGCGGCCCACAUGAACAUACAUUCCAGUUUGCGUCCUUAUCGUUGCACCUACUGCCCGAAGGGCUUCCUGCGUAGCUGUGCCCUGAAAAAACAUCUUCGCACGCACACGGGCGAACGUCCCUAUAAAUGCAACCAUUGCCCGAAAGCGUUUAUCCAGAGCGCUCAUCUAAAGUCGCACAUACGAACUCAUGCGGACGACAGAGCAUUCAUGUGUGGACAAUGAAAGAGUUGAGCCAACGUAAUCUUGCCGAGAAAUCCCUCAAAUGAAGGCACUGCCAGAAACUCUUUGCCCAGGGAUUUAUUGCCAUUGUACACGGUGCAUGUGCGCUCACACCUGGGAGAAAGUCCAAGACAGGUUAUGUUCAUUAAAUAAAUGAUUUAGCUUUAAAAUUUUAAAAAUAUUUCUGUUACUAGCUGAGCCAACCCCUCAAAUGCCAUUCGCAUGCUGAGCCACCCCUCAAAUGCCAUUCGCAUGAAACGGUAACACGUGACUUAUUAAUAUACGCUACUUAUCGGUAUAUCGAUAUAAAUCAUUGACACUACAAAAGCCCCACAUCGGCUGUUGGGCGAAUCAUUCGUGUUUUCCUCGUUGUUCGGUUGAGCACACAGCAAGAGCUGACCGUAAGAAUAAGCCACAAAUUAAAUUGUGCACGCGCAUUCAAAUAGAAAAAGAGAAUAAGUCUAGCAUUAUUUAAUCGCCUUCACGUGUAUUUUGCAAUAGUGAAAUAAUACAAGCAAGCAGCAGUCCAAUCGUGGCAUCAAGAGAAAUGCAUAAGCCAUUACAUAAGCAGCUUUUUAAAAUAAUAAUCGUUUAAUGAAAACGAAGCAGCCGCGUUCGUCACACUUCAGAUUGAAAUAUAUUUCGUCAGCCAAAAAACAAUUUCUGUGCUAAAGCUGCAGAGUAACUGUAAGAAAAUUGAAAAAAACCAAAAAAAAAAAAAA